AUGUCUUCUACUCUGAGCGACUUCGGUAAAAUUCUAAUCGAGAAUAUACGAGAAGCUGCGAACAUCGAGUUUAAUUUAACAAGUAUUUUAUCUCAAGAAGAAGUAAAAUGGUUAGACAAUUAUCGUCAGUCAUGUGGCAGUGAUCCUAACAUGUUAUUCUUUGGAAUGUUUCCAAUAAUUGCUCAUUUUUCCAAUCGUAGCCAUUACUUGGAUUUAUUCUAUAAAGCAAACACAUUUAAUUUGUAUUCUGUUAUUAUAGGACCAUCAGCUAAUAUGGAAAUAUUGAAUGAAGCUGUGAAGAAGGUCGAUCGACUGUUUAGUAGUCAUUAUCGACGACAACAAAUGAUCGGUAAAAAAGAAGUAAUGACUGGCUCAACAUUAUCCAAUAUAAAUGGAUUAUCACUACGUAAAGAACUAGCCACCGGAGAUAAACUAAUAUUAAGUGAUGAAUUAGAUUCAGCAUUUUCAAAAUUGGGUGUUUUUGAUCCAAAGGAAAAGGCCGAAGAGAGUUCACUGUUAUGUGAAGCAUUUGAUCGAAUUCGAAAUAACACAAGACGAACAGGGUCGACAGUCGAUUAUAUCGAAGACGCCAAAUUGUCAAUAUUAGGUGCUACCACUGGCAUGCGGUAUAAUCGUGUCUUACAACAAUUUAGCCAAAAUGAUGGUCAUCAUGGAGUGCAUAAUCGUAUGACAUAUUUUGCAGUAUCAGAUGAAAAAGAGGCAACACGUCCUCAACAUAUAAAAAAACGAGAGUCAGUAUCAUCAACAGCAUCCUUUGCUCACAUAUUUGCUGUAUGUCAUCUAUUUGGCGAUAUUGAAUAUCAGUUUCGAGAUGAAUCGGAUGAUGAAUCAUUGAUAUUAAAUUCACAAGAGCAAACACUGAACUCACAGUCGAAUGCUCGUUAUUAUACAUUUAAUAAAACAGCAGAUUUAUAUGAGCAGAGGAAAAAAUUGACCGAGCAACAUAGCCGAAAUUUUCAUGCAAAAGUACUACAGUUGUUCCCCCGCUACUGUACGGGAUUUCAGAUAUUCAAAAAUGUGAUUCGUGUUUUAUCUGUCGUUGAGCAAUACGCCAUAUUCGAAGACGGGCACAACGAAUUUCGACAAAUAGACGAAAAUUUUAUCAUACAAGCACAAUUAGCUAUCAAACGUCUGUUUUUGGAUGAUAAAAUCGAAAGAAAUGAGCAAAAAAUGCCCAUUCUGUACAUCGAAUUCGAUACCUGUUUCGCAUUAUGGUCAUAUUACGAACACAUAUUCAAAGUUAGUUUGAAACUGUUUGAUUUAAAUCCCAUGUCAACAUCAAUGAAAGGAAGCACAAAUGUAUUGUCAACUCAACAAGCAAAUGCACGAAUUAUUCUUCUGUCUCCUUAUAAUGUAUUUAGUCGGACAGCAUUUACUGGCAAAAAUCCAAAGAAUCUUACCGUUAAUGGACCAUUUCAUCAUCAAGAUCACAAAUUUGAUGAGGGUAUAAAAGAAUUAGAACGAUCCAAACUAAUUAAAACUGACAAGUGGCUGAAAAAAACGAGAAUUAGUUAUUUUAAGCGACAGAUUCCAGCUGAUCCACAGGAGGCCGCCGAAUUCGAAGAAAAUUUAAAUAAUUACAAUGUGACAUUAGCUGAAUAUUCAAAAAUUUACGAGUCGUCAUCGUAUCCGCCCAACAGUGAACUAUCGUUAAAGUUUGUCACACAUUUAGCGUGUGAUCGGAAAUAUAUACGAGAAUAUCAUAAAUAUGAAGAUGAUCCAGAAAUGAGAUUACAAAUUGGUAUAUUAAUUACUGAUGGUAAAAUUAGAACAACAAAUGUCGAUGGUGAGAUACAAUAUGAAUUGGAUCCCGACUAUGAUUUGAUAAAUCAUCACACCAAAUCAUUAUUGCCGACCUCAGCUCAAGCACAGCUAUCAUCAUUCGUGAAUAUAGCACAAUCAACCACAAUGAUUGAAGAUGUAUUGACUUCACCGAUAAUGAAUGCUGUAACAGCCAACAAACAACCAACUGAAACAACAACAUCUGUAAGGCAAGCACAUCUACAGAAUGAAGAUAUUGAAUUGGUUGAAAUAGUAGACGAUACAUGCAGCAAUCAAGCAGUUAUGAUUGAUUCAUCAAAAACAAAAUUUGGACAGCUAAUACAAAUGGCUUUUGAAACUAUAGAAUCAGCAGCGGCAGCGAACAAUCAAGAACAUUCGAAUGAUAAUUAUUCGAAUGAGACGGCCGAAAGUGUAUCUGUGCAUAAAACAAACAUACGAUCUCAACAAGCAAUAUCACCGUCGAGUUCAUCAUCAUUCGCUGUCGAUCAAGACCGAUUUACAGAUACAAUCUUCGAUUCAAACGUACAGCAACCACGAGUACAAGCUUUUUCAUAUCAAGAACAAGACGAGCACCCAGUACAAAUCCUUCGCGAAUCUAACAAAGUUUUGUCAAAUGAAAUUUCAGCAGCGAUGGAUCAAGAAGCCACCGUAUUGUCACCCUCUCCAACAAAAACAAGUACUAAAAAUAGUAAACAAGAAAAAUCAUCACUGACUACAGAUGAAAAUAACAAUACUACCUCGUUUGAAAAGAUUAUCUCCUGUUGUCAGCGUAUUCUAUUAUCAAGCAGUUGUCUAAUGACAAAGACAGAUAUAGCAAGCGUAUCAUCGCAUUCAAAUAAUGGCAAUCGAAAUUCGGCUAUCAAUUUAUUAUUGAGAGAUGGACUGCUCAAACAAGAUUACUAUUAUUCAAGAAAAUCAAAUUCGUCGACUUUAAGAAAACAUUUAGGAUAUAUAAAAAGUUGUCCCAAUGAAGAUAUAACAUCGCUGAUGGAUUUUUGUGAAAAAUUAAAGAGAUACUCAAUCUCGUAUGAACAAUUUUUACAAUCGUUCAAUAAUGGGCACCCCAUAAAAUAUGACGAGAACGACGCACCGGUCAUCGAAUCCGUGAAUGUUCAUUCGAGAACGUCGUAUGGUUUAUCUGAAUCAUUUGAGGCCAUGAUAAAUACAAACGCGUUUUAUCGAAAGUAUGUAAAAUUUGAAAAUGAUCAAGUUAUUCGACCUACAUCAUUGGCGUUGUCUGAUUUAUCGAGUAACGAUCUCCACCCUAUUACAUCUAAUAAUUUGGCGUCUGUAGACGAAGUAGCCAUGAAUGUAGUAGCAUCGACACCUUCGAAGUAUAUCGUCGAGGUCAAUGACGAUCAAAAUGCAAUUCUGUUAUUGCUAAAUAAAUUGACAAUCAAAGAGUUGAACGUUGUCUGGAAAUUGUAUGACAUUCUACCGGAACAAUUGCCGAACAAAAUCGAACAUAUUCGGCGUAUCAUGGAAGUGAACUUUGUCAGGCACUUCGAUGCGAUUGAUGUACAAUGUUUCUGUUCAAUUUUUAAACAUCAACCAAAAGUAGGUAGAGAGGCGUUUGGCUAUGUAAAACAAUGUUUUAUAUGUGCUUCCCUUGUCUUUAUUAAUUUUAAGUUCAAAAAACAACUCUAUUGUGACACGAACGUUGAUGAUAUUAUCAAUACAUAUCGAAAUCGCAUUGAUAUCGACGAUGCGAAAAUCGUCAAUGUCAUUAAUUUAUUACCAUUUGCAUUGGAAUGUAUAAAAUGUGGACGAUCAAUAGAAGAAUUUUCGUGCCAUGACUCGACUCUGUUCGACUUAGCAUCAAUUAAAUCUUGUACAAUUUUUAAAGGAAGAUGUUGUCAGUACGAUCAUUAUCCGUGCUAUUAUCAAAAUCGCUUAACCAAAGAAAAAGUUAUUUCAUUCGCAAAAUUUCAAUCGAGUCAAUAUUUACAUUUCGACGGGCUCACUGUGUUUGAUUUCCGAUUAUUCAUGGCGUAUUCAGCAAAUCUGAUUCAUUGUCAUACAACGUUUAACGGCUUCUCCGAUUCGUUCGAUUUUAUAAUUCAAUCAAUUCAGGACAAUCAAACAGACAUCGAUGAUCUAUCUUUCACAAAUCGAAGGAAAACAUAUUUACAUCCACAGCAAUUGUUUGUUCGUUUAUAUAUAGAGAACUAUGGACGAGACGAAUAUUUUCGGAAAAACGCUGAACUACUCUAUUCAAUGUUUGUGGCAUUUUGGACACGACACAAAUUUAUUUCAUUCAAGCAAUGUGAUGAACACUGCUCACGUGUAUUCGUUUCCGAUGGACAUCAGAAGCCCGAUCGUCUAGUAUGUUCAUUCGAUAACGUAUGUGAUGUUUCGAUUGAUGAACUUGGUCCUAUUCUUCUUGGGUGCCCAGAGACACCAACACGAGAUAAGAACAACGAGCAAAAACGAACCAAAUUCUAUUGUGAAAAACAUAGAUUGUUGUUCAAUGCUAAUGAAGACACAAUAUUGUCAUCGUCGCUAUUAUCCGGAAGUGCACUAGAACGGCCGAUUUAUGACAAUCAAACCAUUCAACAAAAAGCAUUGAUUCUAGAAGAAGAAGAUAAUCAAUUUAUUGAAAAAUCCGAUGAAUGCAACGUCCAUCGGGACGGGAUGGAAGCUAGAUCAAAAUUAUCUAGCUAUGGGUUCGUUGCAACAUUUCUCAAUUGCGGAAUUAUUAUUGGAUUUGACGAACAACCCCGUUCAGAAGGCAUCCGUCGUCUGUUACAUCUAAUUCGAAUUAAACGUUAUGGUCCCUUACCGUCAGCGAUGAUGUACGAUACGGCGUGUACACUCCGGCUUUUCAUGGAUAAAUGGAACGUGACAAUAGUAAAAUUUAAUGCAAAAUCAGAUUGA